UAGCCGCUUGUUAUUCGUAAAAUGGCAUUUGUUCGUGCUCAUUGUGUUCGCGGUUCCGUUAUCCGUUGAUUUUUUUUCUAUAGGUUACGAAUGGCAGACAAAGUGAAAUAAAGAGGGAAAAGUGUUUUAUCCUAUUGGAAAUAGAAAAUUGGGUGUAAUAGGUGUCAAUGUAGCAGUAAGUUAACUCUGGGCUUAAAUAUGCCGAAUUCUUAGUACGAGUUAAGAAAAGCUUAAACAAAUAUUUGAAGCGCAUAGUUAUGCCGCAACGAAAAGGAUAAAAGAAAUAUUUAUGUUAAAAAAGGUAUCGCGUCUACAUGCAAUAAAAGUUUACAAAUUGUGCAAAUUCAGCUUUUGGUGAGACAAACGAAAAUUUGAGAAAAUUGUGAAGACGUUUAAAGUGAGUGCAUUGAUAGUGAGUGAAGAAAUAAAAAAAAGUAUUGGUGGAAUUGUGAGCGGGACUGGCUAUGUUAAGACCAGUUCAAUCAAAUGUAUUACUAUCCUAAUUGAAAAAAUUAGACCCUUGGAAGCACUUACACCCUUUCGCUAAAAUCGACGAGAUUUUUUCGGCAUUUUUGUAUCACAAGUGCGUAUUGUGUGUUUCGAAGGAUACGAUACAAUACAUACAACAAUACAUAACAACGGAAUCGCCAAAACAAGCAAAACGAAUGGGAGCAAACAGGACGAGACAACAAAAUAUACAGCAUUGCCAGAAUUAAUAAUUUAAUUUCAGUUUACUAAAACAAUUGAACAUUAGAAAAACACGCGCACCAACAAAGCUUCAACGAAACCAAAACGAUACCAACAACGGAGCUGAACGAAAAUUCGAACAAUUAACAAAAACAAACAAAACAAAAAAACAACACAAUUGCGAUUUUGGAGAUUUUGUUCUCUGCCAAUUAAAGCAUUAGCGAAGAAAUAAGCAAAAGUUAAAAAUACAAUAAUUAAAAAGCUGAAGAAACAUUGAAGAAGAAAAUAAAGUUAGUGAAUCAAAUAUAAUAAAAACACAAAAAUGUCGGAACGUCAAAAUAAUUUAAGUAAUUGGCCGCAGCUUUUGAGGCGUUUCAGUUUUAGAAAAGAUAUAAGCGGUUGAGCCAUCGCCAUCAAUGACCGUGAAGUUCAUCGUCAACGUAGCAGAAAGUGUACUUACGCGUACAUAUGUAUGUAUUGCAUGUAUCAUCAAUCGAAUCAGUUAUGAUAUAAUAGUGGAAAAAACCUGCCAAUGAUAAAGUCAAGAGGAGCAGCAAAAGCGAGUAAGAAGGGAACAACAUAAAGCGUUAACAAUUAGAAGCAAUAAUUGUAAUUGUUCAAAAUUGUCAAAACAUUUUUGCAAGCCGCAAAACAAAAACAAAAAAAGCUACGUGUUUUUCAAAAGCAUACACAUAAAUUGAGAGAAUCUAGCAAGAUGGAUUUGAGCUUGGAACGCGAUAGCUCUUCUGCGCUGGGCAGUCUCUUUCAACAGAUCAUCAAUGAUUUGAAGAAUACAUCACCGCUCUGGGAAGAUUUUGUUACCAAGGCCACGAAGUUGCAUCAAUGCUUACGUGCCGCCAUUCAGGCAAUCGCCGCAUAUUUGGAUGCGUUCCAAAAAAUCGCAGACGCAGCAACAAAUUCAAGAGGAGCUUCCAAGGAAAUUGGUACAGCCUUAACUCGUGUCUGUCUUCGGCACAAAGCUGUCGAAUCGCGUCUGAAGACAUUUACAACAGCAAUAAUGGACUGUCUUGUACAGCCACUGCAAGAUAAACUAGAAGACUGGAAGCGCUCAGUGAUUACCAUUGACAAGGAACAUGCCAAAGAGUAUAAACGAUGUCGCACCGAACUGAAAAAGCGUUCUAGCGACACCUUACGUCUGCAGAAGAAGGCACGCAAAGGUCAGUCGGACUCCAUACAAUCGCUCAUGGAUUCGCAUAUGCAAGAUGUGACCUUGCGGCGCGCUGAACUGGAGGAGGUCGAAAAGAAGUCGCUGCGUUCGGCAAUGAUCGAAGAGCGUUUGCGAUACUGUACGUUUGUGGACAUGCUGCAGCCGGUAGUGAAGGAGGAAUGCGAAGUAAUGUCCGAGUUGGGACAUUUGCAGGAAGCAAUGGAUUCGAUUGCUAUUGUAACGAAAGACCCCAGCGUGUUGCCGCAAGCAUCCGAGGAGCUUAUACAUGACACAAAAGCUACAAUGACACUAUAUCCCGAGUCUCCGGGUGCCGGUUCGGGUUCCCAAGGCGGUUGCUCCAAUUCAUUGGGUUCACGCAAAAGUUCCGUUUGUUCCAUUAGCUCCAUGAACAGCAGCGGUUCAAGCAAUUCACCGGGACACCACCACUAUCCACGUUCGCUAUCGCAGUUAAUUUCGCCUGCAAUACGCUUGAAACCUGGUGAAUCCAGUGAUAGUGGCUUUUGCUCAUCGCCAGCGCUAACCACACAGGCUUCCACUGCCAAUAGUCAAUCACACGCUGUUUCCACUUGGCCCCCACAUUCCCAGGAUGCCGUUCCUGUGUUGUUGCCACCUGCCGCCGAUCGUCCACAUACCAUCUCAACCGCCUACGAGAAGGGGCAUCAACGGCCACCCCUCACCGUUUAUACGUUCCAGAAUCCGGAGACCAUAUUGGAGGGAAGUGGUGGCAGCGGCAGUAUACCGGGCACGCCAAAUGGCACUAGCGGUGGCGCUGGAUCUGGCGCCAAUACACCAUCCACCCAGAAGUCGCCAGCCGGUGCGUUAAGUCGACCACCUUUGCCUGUGCGAUGUUCCUCGCUGGAACGACCACUUUCGGCCAACAAUAAUCGCAGCACCAAUAAUCUCUUGCAGCGUCAGUGCCCAUCCCCAAUACCGGCUCAUAUAACGAAAGAGCUAUCAGCGCAUCAUGCACAACAGCAACAUAUGCAGCAACAGCAACAACAAAAUCAAGUACAGCAUCAAUUGCAGACCUCUUCACAGCCACCCACUUAUGUCAAUAUGUCUGAGCUGGCCAAUAUGGCGGCGUUGAAAGUUACCAACCAACCACAACAACAACGGCCAGUCGCUGCACUGCAACAACAACACUCCAUCGAUUCUAUUUCCUCGCAGUUCUCGAACGAUUCGAACGCUUCAGGGCAGCACCAAUCGCCACAACAACAAAGUGUGAUCGUCAGCAACAAGACACGUUCACAUUCCGUUUCUUCUUCAUCUGCGUCCUCGAAUACACCCUCGCUGCACUCCCAUCCCUCCAUAGAGUCCGGUACAGUGGCCACACCACUUGUUGGCCAGACACCAACUCCGUCGAGCGGUAGUUCAACACCGCAAAACCAUUAUUCCCCAUUGUUGACCAAUUCGCCGUCGUCAACUGCGGCAGGCACACCAAGUGGUGGUAGCGUAACGAGCGGCAUGUUGAGUGGUUUCGUGUAUAACGUCAAUUCACCGACACCACCACAAAGUGGCACAGCCUCAAUCGACAGUGAUGUGCUGAAAAUCACCGAAGCCGAUGGUGGUCAACCCCCACACCAGCCCACUAACGAAUCUAACUCACAGCAACAACAACAACCCAACAAUACCAUAACCACUUCCAUAAGUAAUGCUACAACCACCAACUCCCAAAAAACACCCACCGAAAUGCCGGAGCAAGAGCAUUCGAACGCCACCAAUUUAACAUCUACCGUCAUCGAUACAGAAUCACCGACUAUUGUCGAGAACGACGAACGCUCGCGCGCUUCUGUGCUACAGAAAGCUUCUAUGUUCGAGAAACAAGCAGCCGCCGCCGCAGCAUCCACCGCAGCUGUCAGCACUGGACGCUCCAAUACCGAUUCCAUACCGGGGAUACGACGUGCACCGGAGGACGUUUACCGCGCAACAAAUACUGGCAAUCAUUAUCAGCAGCCACUGCAACAGCAACAACAUCAGCAUCAACAGCAACACUCGGAGCAACAGGAUGUGGAUAAAAGUUUUGAAGAUUCGAUCCAAGAAUUAAAUAAUUUAAUUGGCGAAUUAGACUCGUUUCAACGCGAGAUCGAUGCAAGCAAGCGUUCAACAACAGCUACGCCAGUCACUACAGCCCCCACAGCAUCAACCGGUGACAAUGUCGGCGAUAAUGGCGGCGAUCGCACCUUUCCGUUGGUCAGCACGAGCAGCAGCAGCGGCACAAGUACAGGCGUGGGUGACUACAAUGAUGUGGGAAACAAUGGCAAAGCAGCAACAGCGCCAACAACGACAGAAGGAGGCAGCACUGGCAUGUUAGCUCGCCUAACAGUGGUUUGCGCAUCGCGUCCGCCCAAAUCACCACAAUGCAGCAGCAAUCAAACAAGUGGCUGCGGCACUGAUCUUUCCGAUGCUACCUCCGAUGACAUUGCCGCGGAUGUGGGCUCAUUAUCGAGCAUAAAUAACAAUAACAACAAUCGCAACACCAAUGGCGGCAAUAACAACGAACACAGCAAAUGCGCCAGUAGCAGGGAAGGCUGUGUCAAUGGCAAUAAUGGGCGCCCACUGCAGCAAUACAAUUCUGAUUCGGAGCUGAGUCGUUGUUAUGUAAGUGAAACGAGUUCGCUGGCGGGCGGCUACGAGAAUCCGACAUUCGAGCACUUCGCCACAACAGCGUCGUCGUCGUCGAUAGCCGCCUCAUCGGGCGUGGAUGAGCCCGCCGAUGUGGGCAGUGUUAUCGGCGACAGUCGCUCGCUGAUGGCUGUGUCAUCGACAACAACAGCUGACGAUUGCGUCUCGCACACAUCGUACAACAUAGACACUGGCAGCGAUGGCGGCAGCAAUGUUGUAGUCAUCUACGAUCACCAGAUACCCAUUACACCAGAUAUUGACUAUGUCAAGCAGAAUUCCGAGAUUGUGGUGCUGCGCACAAAGGAUCCGCUACAGCAACAGUUUGCGCGACAGGAGAUGCGUGAAUUGACACAGUUGCCGGCUAAUCUGUGUGCGUCGUUUGAUGCGGCGCCUGCUCUAGGAACGGGCAUGAUGUCCGCUCUGGCGCUGUCGUCAACGUCGUUGUCUAGUUCAGUGCCUACCUCGCCGCCGCACACCGCGACCGUGGCGCCUGCCAAACAGCGACUCUCCUCAUUCCGUGCGUCCAGCGAACAACAAUUGCAGCUGCUCGGUUGCGGCGAGCACAAUAAUAGCGGCAGCGAAUUGUCACUAUUGCGCGCACCCCAUCAACAUGUAUACGCAGGUACGCCUCACACGCAGGAAGAAAGCAUGGGAGGUAGUAGAAGGGUGGCGACACCAAAUGCACACAACAGCGAUACCAUAAUACGGCGCAAAGCAGCAAUACCGCCCAAACCAAGUUUGAGUAUUUUCAAUGGCCAAGCGGCCGAAAAUUUAUUAGAGGCUAAUAACGCGCGUAAGAGUAGUAGUAAUAGAGGUAGUUGUCAAACGGCGGGGGAUAGGCUAUCGGCUACGGCCGCGCCUACACCACCACCACCGCUUUUGACGAAGGCUAAUUUCAAGGCCGAUUUAGAUGCGCAAAUUCGUAAGCAGAAAUUGAAAUUACAACUGCAACUACGCCAAGAGCUGUUGCAACAAAAAGAACAGCUGCUGCAAGAGCAACAACAAUUACAACACCAAUCACCCCAGUCAGCUGCCAAUAACACAAAUAGCCCAAUAUACCUCAGCAAUCACAACCACAAUCAUAGCCAGAAUUACUCCAAUACCACCAACAACAUCACUACCACCACCACAACGACAACCCCAACAGCUAAUGGCAAUCGAUAUAGCAGCGGAGCCAACAGCAACAGCAACAACAAUAACAAUAACUGUAAUGCAAUUAGCUUUAGCAAGCGCAGUUGUAGUACACCAAUACCAAAUUCAACACCAACAAAUCCUAUAACUACAACUGCAUCUGCAUCCGCAUCCGCAUCCCCUGCAUCGAAUCAUUUGGCAUUCGUAGUGAAAGCUGCAUCAUCCCAUCUCACGACUACAUCCGCAUCCUCAUCUACAGGGCCUCAGCUUGUCCAUCAAAAUGGUACUAAAAGUAGUAGUAGUAAUAAAAACGUAUCAGCAUCUUCAUGUGCAUAUCCUAAAACAAGUAAACAAAACCAUUCUAAUCGCUCUCAUUAUCAAUUUCAUGCGCUGAAAUCACACAACAACACCAACCAUAUCGCCAACAAUCUUCAUGCCAAUUCACGCCCCAAUCGCUCUACAUCCAUGUCAUCAACACAUCAUCUGUUGCCCGCAAAUCGUGCCUCUCCAUCUCCAUCUUCAUCCACUUUAUCAUACCGUUCGCCAUUAAUUCGCUCGUCGACUGAUCGCGGUGUCAAAUGCCAACCAACGUCACCAUUACCUCCAUCACAAACACCAUUGAAAUUGGAACAAAAAAAACAAAAACAUCAUACCCACAAUGAAACUAAACAUUCUUUAUCAUCAUCGCCAUCCCCAUCAUCAGUGUCAGUCUCUUCCUGUACCUAUGCGUGUUCGUCUACUUGUGCGUCCACACCACCCAUCCAUACCCACCAAUCAACAGCUUCCGCCACGGUCUCUGCUGCAUUCGCAUCCACCUCCAACAUAAAUUCCGCCAUCGCCAAACCGAACAUCACACCGAGACCGGCUUCGUUGUCGGGAGGCGUGACACGCAUAGCGCGGCGCUCAUCAGUGAAUACGGCCAAGCCACCACCGCCAGUGCGUCGCAGCUCAUCGGUGACGCCGAGUCAUGAAGCCACAGGCACUGGGGCAGUACAAUCGCCACAACAACAUCCAAGUCAAUAUCAACAUCCUCAACAUCAUGCCACACAACAGGCCUAUCAGCAGCCGCCAACGGCACCAAAUAAUUCCCAAUACGAUUCCGUUGAUUGUCUGCCACCCCCGCCUGCUUAUCUGCUAGAUACAAGACCAACCCAAUCGACACCCACCCCACCACCGCCAUCGGCUAUUUCGGCAACAACAGCAAAGGUGGCAACUAUGCCCAAUUCAUCAAUGAAAGUCGCUGAGACGGUGAAGGCGCUCUCGGCCAUGCGCCACAAGCCCGCUUCACCGAAUGCGAUCCGGCACAUGCAGCAGCAACACCAGCACCAACAACAACAACAACAACUGCAGCACCAGCACCAACAGUUGCUGUCACCACUUCAGUCGCUGCAGCAUUCACCAUCACAAACCCCAACACCGACAUUGAUACCAACAUCACCGUCACCACAAUUACAACAAAACAUUUACUCCACCACCGUUAAGACCUUUUCCUCUACCGCUUUGCUGCUGCCCAAUACUGGCGACACUGAACAGCCGCUCCAUUACGACGCUUAUUCAUACUACAACCCAUAUGUGGAGGUUAGAACCCAACUGACCGCCACAAAAAUGCCGCUUACUAACGCUAACGAAGCUGCUUAUCAAACUUUGCCAUUAACACCCAUUUACUAUUGUGACGGCACUCAGCCAAAAAAAUCACAACAGUUACAGCCAACACGUGAAGCACAACUGCAGGUCUCGGGAUACGGCGGUAAUGCGUUGAUGCGAGGCACUUCUAUUAAGACGUCAUCCCAACCAGUGUCACCAUCGUACACCUCACCACCACCUUAUGACUUCCAGCAUAGUAAAAUAGAGCUACCACCUCCUUUACCGCCACCCAAUCCUAAUCAACAACGUUCGCUUAAACAACAGCAGCAACAUCAACAACAACAAAAACAUAUUGCUGAUCAUCAACACACUACACUAGCAGAUAAUUCACAACAAUGCAACCAUCACCAACAACAAAAACGACAGCAACAUGAACAGCUUUACGAUUAUUUGCCGCCCCAUCAGCACCUCCACUCUCCCAAGCAGCAGCAUAAACAGUAUCCGCAACAACAGCAACAGCACAUAGAGGCUAUUGUCGACCAUGAAGAUGAAGCGCCUGUGUAUAGUGGGGACAAAGCCACCUUCCGCACAUCAUCGCUUGGCAUUUAUGCGCAGCCGAAAAUCGUCACGAGCAUGUCGAGCUUCCGCUCGGCUAGUCCAGCGCCGAAUGAGCAUCAUAACCAGCACCACCAUGUCAUACCACCAACCCAACCGAAAACCAAUCCGAAUCUAAUCGCACAGCUCAAUGCCCGACUGAACAAACAGAACCAACUACAACAGCAGCAGUAUAACGCAAGUGAUGGUACCUAUGGCUCAACGCCGAACUCACCAAAUCAUCACAAUUUGCCUCACCAGCAUCAGCAUCACCAAAGUGAGCCCGUUUACAUGAGGAACUACACACAUCCCCUUCAUCAACAGCAGCAAAUGUCAGCCACAAGCACCAACGUCGCAACGCAUCAGCAGCAAAACUAUGACGCUGCACAACAACCAAAGCAUCAGCAGACUUAUGCACCUUCUGGCGGUGGAGCUAGGCAUUAUAUUGCAUCAACGCAAUCGCAGCAGCAGCAGCAGCAACAACAACAGCAGCACCAUCAUCAUCAUCGCGAGCCACAUCAUAGCUGCCCUCCGCCGCUUGAAAAUCCACCACCGCCACCCAACAACUCAUCCAUAUACGCUGCCUCUCCCACUGCGACUAUGCCCAAAAAUGCUACGCGCUUAAGCUCUAGCGCCAGCCUCGGAGGUGGGAGCGGCACAUAUGCACCCCCUUCGUCUACAAUGACUUUGCCUAAGAACCUUGCACAACAGCGUUUACAGCAGCAACAACACUAUCAGCAGCAGCAGCAACUGUACCAACAGCAACAAUAUCACCACCCAACCGCCACCGCCGCCAACGUAGCCACUCAGCAACACCAUCAUCAGCAGCAGCAACAUUCGCAGGCGUCUACUGCUAACCAGCGAUCUCAAAUGCCACUGCCACACCAUCAACAACAACAGCAGCAGCCACAACAAAUGUCCUACAAGCAAAAGUCGGCCACAUUGCAAAGCAAUCACCGACAGCCGCCAGUACCCUCGCGCCACUCUAGCGUGCAGCAAAAGAUUUUCGUUGCCACUAAUCCUUUCAUUCAAACCACGACUAUACACUGCCACUCCCCCGCGUCGGUUCACUCACAGCCGGCAUCACCCACCUGUUCGUCUCCGUCAUCGUUGGCGAGCAUUUACGGCACCAGUUCGCGAAGUCAUCACCAUCAUCAACAGCAGCAGCAUCAACAUCAUGGCAGUGGCGGUGGUGCAGCCGGCAAUGGUGGAAACGGUUAUUAUGCCGCCCCACACAAUUCAACCAGUUAUGCCAGCUCGAAUAUUGAGAAAGCCGGCAGCAUUCGUUCGAAAACCAAAGCUGAAUUCCUCGAAAAUCUCAAUGCAAAACUGGCCAAGCAGGGCCUAUCCGGGCGAGCUUUCGCAGUGCGCAAUCUGAUUAAUAGUAAAGCCUUGCCCGACCCUCGCAUUUGUCAUGAAUCGUUGAUGGACCAAAUCAAGCGUGGCGCUACGCUGAAACGCAAUCAGAAAAUAAACGAUCGCAGCGCACCGAAAAUACACUAAGCUAAGCGGAGCGAAGGCCUACACGGAGCUAGAGGCUGCUGCAGACAGGCGGCGAAGAAACAGAAAUGUUAACAUUUAAAAUAUUACAAAUCGACACAAGAGGACGAAUGCACGAUUUUUUUCCUUGUUUGUGGUCAGCGCAUUGAGGCCAAUCCAACAUUCAGACUGUUUUUGUCGUUUGCCGACGCUAUUGAGGAAUACGAAAUACAAUUAUUUAAUGCAUACUUACAUACCUACAUACCUACAUACAUACAUACCUACAUACAUACAAAUAUAAAAAAAUACAUAUUGCAGUUAGUUGUAAGCGAAGAGAAGAAAGUUACAUUUACGUUAAUUUAUAAAAAGAAGGGAAUGAAGCAGAGAAAUACAGAAAAUAAAUGUGAAUUACAGAGAAACUGUUCCAUAUCUACAUAUGUAUGUAUUUAUAACAAAAAGAAAUGAAGAAAUGAAAAUAUAAUUGAAAAUUUUGGAAAUAGCAUAACAAAACAUGAAGGAUAAAAAAUUUGUUAUAUAAAAUAUUUAACAUUUAUUGCAUUAACGCACCUACACCUACAUACUUACAUGUGGACUGUUCAUUGUGGCGAUUUCCUAUAGCUGCGUUUCACUUCUGUUCUCCGCUUUUCGAUGUUCUACAAAUUACUGAGUGAAAAAAUAAUAAAAUUGGAAAUGGUUAUAUUUUUCCAGCUGAGCCACAGAAAAACGCUGAUCUAUAAGAAAUGUUGUGCGGCCACUAUUACUAUGAACAACACAAGCACACAUACACAUGUAAGUUGUAGGUAUGUAUGUGUAUAUACAUGACUAAAUUUGUUCAUCUGUUCGUAGAACAGCUGAUUAUCCUUAUCGUUUAUCAUAUCGCAAUGCAGUCAGUGCUUUUAUUUUAGAAUUAAAAUGCAAAAAAUGAUCAGUUAAUUUUUUUAUAUAUUUACCUAAAAUAAACACACAUAAUCAUGUGUUUAUCCUUGUACGUACCACAUUUACCUAUACCUAAACCUAUACAUACAUACAAAGCGGAAACGCAAUUGCAAUCAAAAAUGUCCGCAUUGCGUAUUUUCACAUAAUCAACUCGAAUUUUUACCAAAAAAACAAACAGUUAAAAGAAUAAAGAAAAAAGUCUUGCAUCGUAAAUCAAGAAAAGGGAGCGGGAGCGAAGCUUUUGCAAAACGGCUUAUUUCGAAUUAAAAUAUUUAUGUAAAAUUUAAUAUAAUUUCUACUAUCCUUACAUAACCACAUUUGCGAUUUAAUUUCAAUUCAUGGUUUGUAAUUUCCAAUGUACAUAGCGCGUAUUUCUGAUUAAAACAAUGUUUUAACUGUUAAUGAAUGUAUUUACUUUUUAUUAAUUAUUAAUUUAUAUAAAAUAAACAAAUUAAAUGAAUAUUAUAUUGAAAAUAUGCUGAAUAAAGAAAUAAAUCGAG